AAUCCCAAACCCAAAUCCACCCCACUCAAUCGCUCAUAACCUUAUCUCUCUCCUCACUCCCUCCCCUCACAUAGAAAAACAAGCACGCACGCACACGCAUACACACACACACUCUCUCUUUUCCACUCCCUCUUUUGGCCGCCAGAACAAACAAAACCCACACUUCACUCCCAUCCAAUUCCAAACCCACGUUGUUGUUGGUGCAUGGAAUGACCGAGUACCGGAUGAACCUGUGGACCGACGACAACUCCUCCGUCAUGGAGGCCUUCAUGAGCUCCUCCGACCUCUCCUCCCUCUGGCUUGCCACGCCGCAGUCCGCCACCUCCACCACAACUCCAGGCACGGCAAAAGCCCCUCCUCCUCCUCCUCCUCCUCCGCCGCCGCCGGCGCAGUCCCAGUCCCUCCUCAACCAGGAGACUCUCCAGCAACGCCUCCAGACUCUCAUCGAAGGCGCCUGCGAGAGCUGGACCUACGCAAUCUUCUGGCAAUCUUCCUACGACUAUUCCUCCGGCACCUCCCUUCUCGGCUGGGGAGACGGUUACUACAAGGGCGAGGAGGACAAAGACAAAGUCAAAACCAAAGCCCCCAAAACGAGGUCGUCCGCAGAGCAGGACCAUCGUAAGAAGGUCCUCCGCGAACUUAAUUCCUUAAUUUCCGGCCCUUCCGCUUCAGCUGACGACAUUGACGAAGAAGUCACCGACACCGAGUGGUUCUUCCUGGUGUCGAUGACUCAGUCCUUCGUCAACGGUAGCGGGCUGCCGGGCCAGGCUUUUUUUAACUCGAGCCCGGUCUGGGUCGCCGGGCCCGAAAGACUUUCCGAAUCGGCCUGCGAACGGGCCCGCCAGGGGCAGCUCUUCGGGCUCCAGACUCUUGUCUGUAUACCGUCCGCAAACGGCGUCGUCGAGCUCGCCUCCGCGGAGGUCAUUUUUCAGAACCCCGAUCUGAUGAACAAGGUGCGUGAUUUGUUCAACUUCAACAACAACAACAACAACAACAACCCUGAAACGUGUUCCUGGGCGUUGAAUUGCGUUGCCACCACCGAUCAAGGCGAGAACGACCCUUCCUCGCUCUGGCUCAACCCUGAAAUCAAAGACUCCUCCACCGUCUCGCCGCCGAAUUCCACGGUUAAUAAGACGAUGCAUUUCGAAACCCCUGGUUCCAGUACCCUAACCGAAACCCCUAGCGCUGCUGCUGCUGUUCACGUCCCCAAUUCUAAAAGCCAGGGAUUCUUCCCGAGGGAAUUGAACUUUUCGAAUUCAUUGAAACCUGAAUCCGGUGAAAUUCUGAGCUUUGGGGAGAGCAAGAAGAGCUCUUACAAUGGGGCUUUCUUUCCCGGUGUUGUUGCGGUUGAGGAGAACAACAACAAUAACAAGAACAAGAAGAAGAGGUCCCCGGUGGUUUCUCGGAGCAGCAUUGACGAUGGAAUGCUUUCCUUCACUUCCCUGCCGGCUGCAAAUAUAAAAUCAGUUAACGGUGCUUGUGUCGGUGCCGGUGAUUCGGAUCACUCGGAUCUGGAAGCUUCCGUGGCGAAACAGGUGGUGGAGCCCGAGAAACGGCCCCGGAAGAGAGGGCGAAAGCCGGCUAACGGAAGAGAGGAACCACUAAAUCAUGUGGAAGCCGAGAGACAGAGGAGAGAAAAGCUGAACCAAAGAUUCUAUGCUCUACGAGCUGUAGUUCCAAAUGUAUCCAAGAUGGACAAGGCAUCGCUGUUGGGGGACGCCAUAUUGUACAUUAACGAGUUGAAAUCGAAGCUCAACGUGCUGGAUUCAGAGAAAACGGAAUUGGAGAAGCAAUUGGAUUCAACCAAGAAGGAACUCGAGCUCGCAACUAAAAACCCUCCUCCACCGCCACCGCCGCCACCACCACCAGGACCGCCUCCAUCUAAUAGCGUAGAACCAAAGAAGACAACAAGCAAGCUCGCUGAUUUGGAGUUAGAGGUGAAGAUCAUUGGUUGGGAUGCAAUGGUAAGAAUCCAAUGCAGCAAGAAGAACCACCCUGCAGCCAGGUUGAUGGCAGCAUUGAAAGAUCUUGACUUGGAAGUGCAUCACGCCAGCGUGUCUGUGGUGAAUGAUUUGAUGAUCCAACAAGCCACGGUGAACAUGGGAAACAAGUUUUACACGCAGGAACAGCUUCUGUCGGCACUAUCAUCCAAAGUUGGCGAUGAACUACGAUAGUUCCUUCUGUACUAUUAUUGGUAGCAGUAGCUGUAGCUUUCUAUGUAAAUUAGUGUUCUUAUUUUUGGUUAGUCCUUUUUGGUAGCUUGGACUAAAUUAAUUUUAUUGAGGUAAUUUGAUUUGGGAAGCUGAAUGAUCAACCAGGGGAUAGUAAUAUCUCUGAUGAAGUCCAAGUGGAUUUUUUUUGUGUUAAUAUUAUUAUCUGUUUAUAUUGUAUAUAUAUAUAUAUAUAUGUUUAUGAAUUAUCAUAAAUGUGAACUGAUGUUGGUGAAUUUAA